CGUAGUGGAGCAGCAAGCGACCGGUCUCUUCAUGUUGGAAAUCUGGAAUAGAAAUAUACCUGGAUUUUCUUUUGAUUGUCUUUAAAUACCAUUCUAGCCAUGGAGUUAACGUACCAUGCUUUGAAAAAGACGCAUGAGGUGAAGGAAGCGGAAGAGAUGCGAACAGAAGCCCGUCGAAAAAAUCUUCUCAUUCUGAUACUAAAUUAUUUAACUGAGGAAGGAUAUGUUGAUACUGCAAACACUUUGGAACAAGAAACGAAAAUGAACUUGCGACGCUUUGAAGUUUGCGACAACGUGGACCUUGAAACGAUUAUGCUGGAAUAUGAAAGUUAUUACUACGUUAAAUUUCAGAAGUAUCCAAAGAUCACCAAGAAAACCUUAGACACCACUGAUAAUAAAUCAAGAAGUGGAGGAAAAAUAAAAAGGGCAGGUAGCAGCAAUUACCGGAAUCUCCCUAAAAUCAGCCAGCCUCAAACAACGCAGAGGCCCACGUCAAAAGCAAACCCUUCGAGAACAGCAGACUCCAAAAGUUUCAGCAAGGAGAGCCCUAGACAGGAAAGUGAAGAUUCUUUGAAUCGUGUUUCAUCUGACUUUGGUUUAAAUGUAUCUGCAAUCCACAAAGGAGGAGGUGGAGAAGGGACUCAUCCUCGAAGGGGUCAAAUUAUUGAUUUCCGUGGGAUGAUCCACGAUGCUAUUAAAGGUGCAUCAAGUGAAAUAGCUUUGCAUAGCCUUAACUGCAAUCCGGAUCCUUCGGAACGGCUGUUAAAACCGCUAGGAGCCUUUGGUGGGAUGUCUGCUGAAAUGAGGGAACUUGCAACCGUCGUGAGCCGGGAUAUUUAUCUCCACAACCCAAAUGUCAAAUGGAGUGAUAUUAUUGGACUUGAUGCAGCCAAGCGGUUAGUAAAGGAAGCUGUGGUGUAUCCCAUACGGUAUCCACAGCUGUUUACAGGCAUCCUGUCUCCAUGGAAAGGAUUACUGCUUUAUGGACCUCCAGGUACUGGAAAAACUUUGCUAGCUAAAGCUGUGGCCACUGAAUGCAAUACUACCUUCUUCAAUAUCUCAGCAUCCACUAUCGUCAGCAAAUGGAGAGGUGAUUCAGAAAAACUUGUCAGAGUCUUGUUUGAGCUGGCCCGCUACCAUGCUCCCUCCACAAUCUUCUUGGAUGAGCUGGAGUCCGUCAUGAGUCAACGCGGCACUGUGCCAGGCGGUGAACACGAAGGAAGCAGGCGGAUGAAAACAGAAUUAUUGGUGCAGAUGGAUGGCCUGGCCCGAUCGGAUGAUCUUGUCUUUGUUUUAGCGGCUUCCAACUUACCCUGGGAACUGGAUUGUGCCAUGCUGCGCCGGCUGGAAAAAAGGAUCCUGGUCGACCUACCAAGUCAAGAGGCACGACAAGCCAUGAUCCAGCACUGGCUUCCCCCUGUGAGCAACAGCGGAGGAGUGACGCUGAGGACUGAGUUGGACUACGCCUUGCUUAGUCAGGAGAUGGACGGGUAUUCUGGCUCCGACAUCAAAUUGGGCUGCAAAGAAGCUGCGAUGCGGCCCGUCAGAAAAAUCUUCAGUGCCCUUGAAAACCACCAGCCAGAUAGUGGGAGCCUUCCUGUAAUCCAGCUGGACACUGUCACCACGGAAGACUUCCUGGAGGUGCUCAUGCACACCAAGCCCUCCGCUAAGAACCUCACCCAGAAAUACACCAGCUGGCAAAGAGAAUUUGAAUCUGUCUGAAACUCUAAUCCAGAAUUUCAUCCUCCCCCCCCC